GUCAAAUGGACUGUCAAAAAAAUUGAUUUGUUGUGUUGAUUUCAGAUUGGAGGUUGAAAAUUGUGAGAUACAAAUAAAAAAAUGUGUUAAACUGAACACAAAUGUAACAGUAAUAUUGUUUAUAUUGUUGUGGAAGUUUUUAUUAAAAUGAUGGGUGACCAGGCGAGUCCUUUGGAGGAAAAUGAAAUGCUUAAAGCAUUAUAUGACUUCGAGGCAACAUUGGCUAAAACUCUUAGCUUUACGGAAGGAGAGUUUUUCUUCCUUCAACAAAGUAAUGCGAAGCAGAGGAACUGGUGGCAUGUUGUUAAUAGAAAAGGUCAAGUUGGUUUCGUGCCCUCGAAUUACGUCGCCGGAGUCAAGGUGGAGCCAGAAUUCUAUUUGGCAUUCCUUAACGAUUGUAUGAAAAGUAUCAGUGAGAGUGGUACCAUGUCGCAGAAGCAAGAGUUGCUAGCUAAGCUAAAUGAGAAGAAGAAACAAAUUCAGUUAAGUAUAAAGCCGCAUGGGAAGAAGGCGCCGGCUCCCAAACCUCCUCCGCGGCUGGAUGACUGCACUCCACCUAAUGGUGUGUCGCCAUGUUUUGACUUGAGACCUGUAGUGUCUCAGCAGCACAUCAGUGAAGACAGAGAGUCCUCCCCAUCACCAACUAAAGCUAAUAAUAAUGUGUCUCAAGAAACAAUUACAGAGGAUGAUGAGGUCCGUAAGAAACCAGCGGUGGGCAAGACAUCCUCCAACCAGGUGUCUUCGGACACAGACAACCAGGAUGACAGCCAGGACAGCAGUGAGAGUAUAAAACCGAAUGCCAUCUAUGAGAUAGUGCAGGCUGUACGCAAAGAGACACAACUUAGCCAUGACAUGUCCAAAGUGGCUGUGGAGACAGUGCUCAUAUCACUGAGAGAGUUCCUACCAGGUGGAGCAGCACGAUCAAUCAUUGAUGCUUUGCUCCGAGAAGCGAAUAGUAACAUUACAUGUCCAAAGAAUGCUAUUGAUGCAGCACCUGACGCAUUACGGAUGAUGACAGCUCUGAAUGCUCUGUCGAAGGCUGCCAAUGACGCCCAACAAAGAGGCUGGGCUCUACAUGAUGAUGCACAUGACAUACAAACACAGUUGUUAGAACUUAUCUCUGUUAUGUCAAACGCCGACGUGAACAUUUCUCAACAUGUACUGAGCAGCCACAAGUAUGCAUAUGUGACGACCUUAGUGCAGUACUACCAGAUGGAAACCAGGUGGCCAUUACGACAGCUGCUGCUUCAGGCAUUCGGUGUAAUGUGUGGCUUGGAACGCACAGCGCUUGCGACGCUAGCUCUGUCAGCCCUGCCGGCGGAGAUAGCGCGCGACAUGAGAGACAACCCUCGCGCCGUCAGCCGCCUCUCCCACUCCGCACUACUACUGUCCAUGGUACUAUCCAUGGGUGAUAAGCUGCCUAUCACACAUUUUGAACAAUUGGGAGUAGAUUUCGCUCUCUUCCUACUGGAGUUGAUAGAGAACCCUCCGGAGACAGAUGUGGAUGAACAGAUUCCAGACCUGUUCCUCACGCUAGUACUUGCUUACAAUCUGCAGUUUGAAGAGUCUUUUGAUAACCUCCUCCUCAAUGCCUUGGAGACCAGGGAAAUAGCUAAGACUUUCUGCGAGAAAGCUCUCUUGCUGCUUAAUCGGGAAGAGGAUCCAGUCCACAUUUUCGAUCACGAACCGGCGCCCGCGCACUCUGUACUAAAGUUGAUGAUUGACGUGUUCAGUCGUAAGAAGACUGCUGAACACUUCUAUACUAAUGACGUGAAGGUCGCCAUUGACAUCAUUGUGAGGCAACUAGCGGAUCUCUCUCCUGGAGACUCGCGACGCCAGCAAUACCUACGAAUCCUUCAAGGUAUAAUCCGCAACACAGAGUAUGGAGCGCACGUGCACCGUCGUGACGACCUCCUUCGAUGCUUCGCUCGUAUCUUCUGCGAGGAGGGCGAGUGCAGCCGUGAGGAUCAGGCCCUCGUCAGAGCCAUCUCCAACGAGUUCCCUCAGUACUUCAAACCUUAAGGCCUAAAGGUAACACUUGGCUUUGAUGGUUACAGAUUGUCAGAUCCCCAGUGGAUACAUUCGAGAAACUUCGAAUUCAAAUAAGUUCCAAACCUCUUUUUUAAAUCAAUCUAUUUAAGCAAUACUUUAUCUGUGGUCAAUUUUUAAAAUAAGAAUGUAGUUGUUUCUUUUUUUUUAUUGAUGUUACUGGUCUGGCAAUCUUUUUCGAAAAUGGAAUCUCGGAAACAAAACUGUGUUCAGAUUAUCGUGUGGGAGACGCUUGGAUUGGCUGUGCUAUUGGUAGAGGAGAUUUGACGAAAUUGAAUUCUAUGGUAUCCAACUUACGAAUCAUAUUAGCUUGUCGUUUUAUGAUAUGAUGUUUAGUGUUGUUAAGAGUUGCAUGUUAAAAGUGGAAAAAUACAAAUGUUUUAGAUUGUCUUUGAUAACGAUGUGCGCCUAAAACGUAAUUCCUAGUUCAGGCUAAUGACUAUUAUCUUUAUAAGAUUAAUUAAACCAAAAAUGAAUCAUUCCUUCUACAAGAACUCAAGAACUAUGUCGUAUAGUAUCAAAUGCAAUUAAUAUACGUAAAAAUGUUCACGUGAAUGUUAUAUAGGUAAUUUUGAAGUGAAAUUUGAACUUGCUUUGCAAAAUGUAUCCUUAUUAUUCUAGUUAUAACGUUGCACAAUUAGAAUAUAAUUUGCAUGGCAACUUGUAUUUGCACAGAACGAAACAAUGCAAUAGAUAAUAGAUCUAAUUCUAAAACAAAUCUUUAAAGUUACUCAUUGGAUUUCUAUUACUAAGAAUAAGUAAAAAAAUCUAAUAUUUAUCAGAGAUUACUGUCUUAUAUUUAAUAGAAAAUCACUUAAUUAAUUAAAGUACUAAAAUCUAGUUCAUCUCAUAUUAAAAAAACAGUAUUUACACUGCAUUUACACAUUGUAUUACGUCACAUUAAUAUCUAUUUUAAGUUACUUUUAACAUAGGAAUUUAAGCAUUUAAAAAAAGAUAGUAUCUUUACUAUCGUUUAUCCAUCAAAAAGCAUAAAAAAAUGGAACAGUUUAUGAAAAACACAAGAGAAUAUAAGAUUCGCAUCCUUUAAGGUAAGCGUCCAGAAGCCCGCAUCGUACGCAUUCCGUAUGACGUCAUCAGCACGCAUCACGCAUUGCUGAUGAUGCGGUCCGUACGAUGCGGAUCAGUGGACGCAGUUGUAUGAGUUUCUAUACAAGACAAACUUAAAUCGGUUGCGUGCGAUGCGUACGAUGUCGAUGACAAACUUAAAUCACCAAAAAUGCACGCAGAAUUAAAAUUUAAUUUUAAAAUGUACGUAUUUUUGCCAUAUUUCACCAAAGAUAUGAGGAUUCCUAAUAGCAGUACGCUCGUUUAACAGUCAAUUAGUAAUGCUUUAACAGUAAGUCCGAUCCAGCGUUUGCAUAUUAUAUUUAUUUCAGUUUCCUUACUAUGAGUUUGCUUUUCGUUUAAAGUGUGUGCGUGUUCGACGCCCUGAUUGUCCGAACGCGCUAUCGUUUCGAUUACUUUCAAACUCGUACUAUGGGUACAGGAUGUGCUACAACGCAACAUAGAGAAAAUAUACAAUAAAUACCGUAGAUAGAAAAUUUUACUGAAAGGAGACUUCAUUUAAUUUUCAAAAAUUAUUCGACAUACAAUUUUAUUAUAGCUUUUUAAACAACUGCCUUUUUGAUUCGGGCAUUAUUGAAAUAAAGGUUCUUUCUGUAAAAUUGACUAUUUUACUGAAUUUAAGAUACUUUCCCUCAAUGUCGCGUUGCUAUAGGACAUCUUGAAUCAAAACCUCUGCAGACGACUGUAAUUUAUAUGGGACAUUAUCAUUCAGUCCUGUAAAACAGGCAUAUGCCCCUUGGUAGGGUAGUUAUACCCACCUCUUUAUCAGCGAUAACAAUUAUAACUCAGGUGGUCAGUAUCGCAAAAACAAUAAAAAAACAACUCUCAGUAUUGGGAAGUUCCAAUUGCAAGCUGACGUAGCCAAUUUUUUGGCCAAUAUAAGCUUCUUAUUAAGCCCUACAAACGUACUUGCAUGCAUAUUGCUUGCUGUCUGUCAAAUUUGUACCGUCUGCAGGGUUCUAUACAUUUAUAAACUGAACAUUCGGCCUAAACAAUCAGGAUCUACAAUAGGGACAAGGUGGAAGUAUUCCUGUGCCUAGUAAUAUUUUGUAUUUGUUUGUUUGUAGUUAGAUGUCCAUUAAUUGAGGAUAGUGGGAUAGUGAGAUUAGUGGUGUAUCAUCUUGAUUGUUAGUUAAAUAUACUAAAAUUGCUUGUUAGAUGAUAAUAUACACGGCCUUUAAAUAUUUUGGUACCUACUCAAAUAUUAUCACAACAUAAAUCCCCACCGUGGACCCCCGUGAAAGGUCGGAAACGCUCCUCUGGAGUAGUGGAUGUCCAUAAUAUGCGAUACUAAUUAUUUGCCAUCAGUCCGGCUCGAGUAAAUCAACCAAUCAGUACCAGUACUUAGUAUAAGUACUGAUUCUGUCCGAUUUUACAUAGUAAUUCUAUAUUACUUGAACUAUACCCACUAUCCCACUACCCUUAGAAAUAAAGAUAUAAUGUGAGUAAUUAAUUUAAUUCAAUUAUGAUACUCUGUGCCAAGGCUUUCGUAAUGUCUGCCCCAUUGUUUUAACUAGCUAAGUAUUAUGACUGCGUUUUGUAUAUCGUAAUAUUUAAGUAAGUAUAUCAAAUAAUUAUGAUAUUAUUAUGUUUACGUUAAAACCGUGUAUUAGUAUUUAUAUGUAUCAUUUCAACUGUAAAGUUGUUUAAGAGCUUCAUGACAUUUUUAUCCAAGUAAUUAAUUUAAUUCGUUUAUUAUCCACCACUAGACGUGUUAAAAGCAAUCAGGCCUAAAUAUUCAUUACGUAAGGUACAUACUUUAAACAAUGCGUUCGUACUUAUAAAACAGAGCAAUAUUUUUCUAGUCAAUAAACUGAUAUUUAGAGAAAAAAAAAAUAAGCAUUCAUUAGAUGAUAAUUCAAAAUAAUCGAAUUCUCUGUUAUCCAGUACUAUUAUUCUUCUUAUAUAAAUUAAGAAUUUCUGUUUAUUGUAUAGACGGCGGCGGUGUCAUAAAUGCAUCACUCUUUGUAAACGCAUGUCACACAGGUUAUAAAAUACUUGAAAACAACGCCAUCUAUAUUGAGAUUGUGUAAACUAUUUACUUAGUAAAAAAUGGAUUCUUUGUCUAUACAUUAAAAUACUCAAGAAUACAAAUAUUUUCACCGUCUAUUAUUAUAAAAAAGAAUUAAUAAUUAUUAUGAUUCUAGUAUACUCUUGUUAAACAAAUUCAUCGUCGACCAACAUUUCAGGGUGUCCGUAAAAAUAUUACAAGUAAUAUUACGUAGAUCAUUUUAAAUGUGCAUGAUUAAAUCACAAAAUAUUCAUUCGACAAAUGUAUUUAUAUUAUAAAUUAUUCAAAAAUAAACUCUAUUGUCAUACAAUUUGAUUGGAAAUGUUAUUAAUGUUCAUAUUGUCUAUUUCUAUUGGAAAGUUAUGAAUUACACUUCGAUUCUAUUUAAUGAUGUUGGCCUAAAUUAAAUUUAGUAUUUAAUAAUAUUUGUUAUUAUUAUGAGCUUAGAUUUUGUUUUAAAUAGCUCAAUUUAAAGCCAAAUUUUAUUGUAUUAAUAUUCGAUCUAAAUUAUAAAAGUUAUUUCAGCACAAUAUUACAUUUGAGAACGGUGUUGCCAAAUAUUUGUAUGUAUUAUUUGGAUAGGAUUUAUCGUAAUCUAUUGAUUUGGUAGAUUUUUGUGGUAUUCCAGAUGAUUUAAAUAUUGAAGACUUCUAAAUAAUAUGUUCAAAUAAUUGUAAUUGUGUUAAAAUAAGAUUUAUUGUAACUUUCAUAAAUUACUUGGCAACAUCGAUACUGUGUUACCUGAGCGAAAAAUCAAUGGCAGCUAACGCUUUUUAAAUGGGUUGUAACUAUGUGCUGUCUAGUCAGUUGAACAAAAAUGAACUCUAUGUCUUAUGUAAUAAAAACUAUGUAUCAUGAUGUUGUCUCAUUAGCUUCUUUGCGCAAAUUAUUAUAUGCUAAGUAUUUAUUCUUAUUGAAUGCUCUUUAUUAUUAAUAUUUAGAAGGAAGGUUGUCAAUAUACAUAAAUAAAUGAUGUUCAAUCGUA